AUGCCAAAGGGAGGCAAGGGCAGGCUGAGCGAGGAUUCUUCCGCGUCCGACCACACCCUGCCCGACGUGCCCGAUAACCCGGAAGACGAGCAGUCGACGUCAGUAGCCGGAAGGAGGACGCAUUGUAAGCGGGGGCUGAAGGAGUCACCGCCGAGGAAGGAAUCACCGGAUGAGGCGAGCGAUGCCGUGGCGAGUCUCGUGGCUGGCACCGAUAUUAUCAGGAUUCAGGACUUCGAGAUGAGCGCCCUCAUCUUCCCCAGUGCUUUCCAAGUACGGCUCGACGACACGGAUACCAUUUGCGUCGAGAGCUUGGUCCAUUUAGAGAGUUUUUGCCUCCAGGACGACACCGACACGCCACUGGAUCUGAGCUUUGACUGGAACACCGAUAUGCACUUUGGGGAGCUGAUGGCCAACCCGACGCUCGUGUGUCCGAGGGUGCCGGUCGCGCUCGGCGUCUCCCUCUACCCAGUGACCUCCCUCCUCCAAGCAUUCUACUACUCCUUCAAGAAUCGCUUGAAAGGAAUGGCCGGCGGCUUCAACACGGACAUCCAGUGGGAGGGCAUCCCGACGAUUCCGAUCCUGGCCGACUACUUCACCAAGGUCGGUGCCUACGCGCGCACCAUGAUAUUCCCGCCCCUCGAAAAGAUCCAGCUCACGCAGCAGGAAUAUGUGAUCUUCAAGAACAUUGUCAUCUUCACGUCGGUAGUGGGACUCAGCGAUGAGGGAGCCGAUAUAAUCCGGCGGGGACGGCAUCGGUAUGAGGCGAAACUGCUCCAGAGCAUCGCCCAACGCGUCGCCCCGCUGAUCGGCAAAUGCUGCACGAUGAACACGGGCGGGCUGAUGGCCAGCCGGCUGGCCGUCGACGUCUUUUUUCAG